AUGGAACCUUCUGCACAGCUGGGUUUCAGCCUGCAGCCCCUCCUGGAGCAGCUCAGCCAGGUUGAGCUGAGCCAGUUCAAGUCUCUGUUGAGGCCCCUUUCCCUGCAAGAUGAGUUAUAG